UGCAGACCGUCCGAUCGAAUGUCUAUAAAACGAGUGGUGUGUGUGAAGGGGAAUAAAGUAACGAGUUCCACAACACAAGACGGGAUGUGUACCCAUACGGCCGCAAUGCUACAACUGGAUCCAGGAAGCCUUCCACAGGACCGCAAAACGAUCAUGACCUGCCUCGCCAUGGCAAAGCUGGUAUUGGUGGAAUCUAGGCGAGUUGCAUCGUUAGAUGUCGAUGUUGGUACAAGGUCUCAAGGUGAGCACUGUUCAAGGACCAGGAGGGCUUUUCUAUAGGCGGACGCUUCAUUUAUGCGAUCCCAUCAAACACAGGCAGCUCCCACCACCGGCCAAAACCAUACGACCGCCCUGCACCCCCCAACCCAUCACCACACCCACGACCAGAGGAAACCAUUACCACAACGGAAGUCCUCAAGACUAUCGCAGGCACCACGGUCCAUGUGAAGAAGGAGAAAAUCGAGGGGUGGGACGAAAUGGUGCGCCGGAUUGUGGAAUGGGAACGGAAUACCCCUGUGCACUGGCAAUGCAGCGACGAGCUGGCCACAUUCAAAAUCACGGGGUGCAGGCAUAUCUGGAAAGUAACCAUGCGGCGUCAAUGCCAAACCAAGGCUUGUCCCUGCGAGUAACAUCCGCAAUGCAAACAUGGCUCUUCGGACUAUCGGUGGCCGAAUUGAGCGCAACGUCGGCCGUUUUGCCUGACUUGUACCAUUAUUCCGAAGACGAGGAGGUUGCGGAAAAGCGCGCAGUGAUGGCAACGACCUUCCUUCACAACAACAAUCCCUCCCCAACCGGAUACGGGCACUUCUUUCGUAUGCAACUUCAAGUGGAGAUGGCUUGGGCCUCGGAGCUCAAGACUAUUGAGAACGUUGCAGUCCUCUGGGUGACAACGGAAGGUCAAGCGGCUGCCGGACAAACUCGAUUGCAUGAGACCUUCGGGCCGCGGGGCUUUGUUGAUUACGACAAUGACCCUCGAGGUCGGUCUCCGAAUGACCGGCGACGACAGCGGGUAACCUGGAUGAGGGCGCUGAAUGGCCGCCGUGUUCGAAACAUCGUCGCCACGUGGGGGCUCAAGGAAAAGCUCGCGGCCGAGCGCGCUGAAGACACGGGGAAGGGCAAGCAGUCGGCGCAGGACGACAACGCCGAAGAUCUACCCCCAGCCCCACAGACGAUCGAAGAACUCGAGUUGUUUAGCGCCAGUCUUCAAACGAGGUUGAAAGACAGAGAGGAGGAGCUGGAGGGGUUAUUUGAGUACACGGCGAUCAAGCCAACACAGCGAUCGGAAGCCUUCACGGACGAUCUGACCGCAAUACUGGACGCCCUUUUCCUGUACGGAAAGGCGUCGGAGAUUCGCAGGCUGAGCCUCUUCAGCUUUUGGGUGUAUUGGAAGGGGCUCAGGAAGUCGCUGGAAGACGAAUGGCGCUUGGAACACACGCGGAUCUGCCAGGCAAUCGGGCCGCAAGAACACUGUAUCAUUAUUUGUACCGCAUAUCAGCGGAUGCUCUUCACCACGGUCCUCAUCAAUCCAGGCCUCCUCGGCUCAGCGACCAUCGAGUAUUUCUCUGCUCCAUGAUUACGCACCGUGGCGUACGGAGGCACACACAUGAAUGGACGUCUUAUUGGAGAGGGGCGAAGGGGAGGUGAAGCUGGCAUCAAGCGGACUGACUGCUGGUUGCGUUCGGGCUGCGUAGCCGCAGUGGAAAGCGCCCCGCGUCCCC